CAUUAUUUCAGUCAAAAGAGAUCGAUAUGCUAUAGCUAUUAGCUAGCUACCCAGAACUGAUAGUAGAUCCUAAUUUCCAUGGCAAAUUCUAAGCUGCAAGCGCUGUGGAACCACCCCGCCGGCCCUAAAACUAUUCAUUUCUGGGCUCCAACUUUCAAAUGGGGAAUAACCAUUGCAAAUAUUCUCGACUCCUCUAAACCACCUGACCAAAUCUCCUAUGCUCAACAAACAGUGAUUAUGGGCAGUGGACUUAUAUGGUCAAGAUGGGGCACAGUAAUCACUCCAAAGAACUGGAAUCUAGUCAGCGUCAAUUUUGGGAUGGCUGUCACUUCUGUAUUUCAACUUGCACGUAAAACUCAGCAUGACUACUUAUCCUCCAAAGACCAACAAGCUGCUUCAAAUGGAGAACAUUAAUAACAAAUAGUCUCAAACUCUCAAUUAGCCUUUACUUAUUAUAUGCUGUAAUCUGUGCCUCUAGCUAAUUGGAAAUCAUCGAGAAGACCAUGCAUGAUUGGCCGGUGUUUAUUUAGAUUUACUAAAACAUCUGCAUUGUGAAACUUUCUAGCUUGAAUUAUAUAUCCUAUGUAUGUAUCAAUGUAUGCAAAGUUGUACAAAAUA